GUCCAUAGGCCCUGGUGCUGAAACAAAAUGGCUGGCUGCUAGCGACCAGAGUGAGGAGCAGCCCACACAGAGGCAGAUGGAGCAGUAUGCAAUUUUCUAGCAAGCACACACCCUUUCCCAAGCAGGCACCCAGCUAAGGGCUCACUCGGAAGACCCUGGAGCCCAUGUGGUAGCAGACAAGAGGACGGAACAUGUCUUUGCUCUGCGUUGGAGUUAAAAAAGCCAAGUUUGACGGGGCCCAAGAGAAGUUCAACACCUACGUGACCCUGAAGGUGCAGAAUGUCAAGAGCACGACAAUCGCAGUGCGGGGGAACCUGCCCUGCUGGGAGCAGGACUUCAUGUUUGAGAUUAACCGGUUGGACCUCGGGCUGACGGUGGAGGUGUGGAACAAGGGGCUGAUCUGGGACACCAUGGUGGGGACGGUGUGGAUCCCUCUGCAGACUAUCCGGCAGUCCAACGAGGAGGGCCCCGGGGAAUGGCUCACCCUCGACUCCCAGGUCAUCAUGACCGACAACGAGAUCUCUGGCACCAAGGACCCCACCUUCCACCGCAUCCUGCUGGACACCCGCUUCGAGUUACCACUCGACAUCCCUGAGGAGGAGGCCAGGUACUGGGCGAAGAAGUUGGAGCAGCUGAAUGCCAUGAAGGAUCAGGACGAUUAUGAGUUCCAGGAGGAGCAGGACAAGCCGCUCCCCAUGCCCGGAUCCCCGUGCUGCAACUGGAAUUAUUUUGGCUGGGGAGAGCAGCAGAAUGACGACCCCGACAGCACCAUGGAUGACCGGGACAGCGAUUACCGAAGCGAGACCAGUAAUAGCAUCCCACCUCCGUACUACACCACUUCCCAGCCCAAUGCCUCGGUCCACCAGUAUCCCAUGAGGCACCAGCAGCAGAGCUCCCGCGACUCGUACACGGACUCCGUGCAGAGCUACGAGGUGGACUACUCGGAUCAGCAGCCCAUCAGACGCUACGAUAGCGUUGAUUCUGCCACAAACGGGCCCAGCGACGCUGAGUCCGCCUCUGAGUCGAGCAGGCGGACCAGCCGCCAGUUCUCCCUUGAGAGCAGGCGGUCCCUAGACCUAUCGGAUAGCCCCACCGGGAGCAGCCACUAUGCCUCGUCCGGGGAGCUCAGCCAAGGCAGCUCCCAGCUGAGCGAUGACUUUGACCCCGACAACGAGAGCCUGCGGGGCUCGGAGCUGGACGAGCGGGACGGGGACUCCUACCACUCCUGCCACAGCUCCGUCAGCUACCACGACGACUCGCCCCACUGGGAGGAGGACUUCUACCCUGAGGAGGAGGACGAGGACUACAGCGAGAACGAGCGGGGCUACCCCAAGGCCCGGGCCGCCAUGCUGCAGGACCAGGAGGUGGACGAGGCCAAGCCCCUGGAGCGCGAGCUCUACCCACAGCCGCCGGUGAAGCAACCAGUGCCCCUGCCGCAGACGCAGCAGCAGGAGAGGAAGGAGGAGAAGGCAGCUUAUGUCCUGGAGGAAACUCUGGAGAUCCCCCAGGAAAAGCCAGCAGCAGAGGAACCCCCAGGCCCAGAGAGAGCGCCGGAGCCCCCAAAGCCAGCCGAGAGUUUCAGAGAGCGGGAGGAUGUGGAAGUCCAGGACACCAAGUCCCGGGCCAAGGCCAACUGGCUAAGAGCAUUCAACAAGGUUUGCAUGCAGUUGCAAGAGGCCCGGGGAGAAGGAUCUGGCGAGGCGAAGUCGCUGUGGUUUAAAGGCGGGGGAGCGGCGGUAAAGUUUCUGCGUUGCAUUGACAGCAUGCCUGAUAUUAAGCCUGGACGCAAAUCCCUCCCACUAGUCAGCGAUCUGGCUAUGUCGCUGGUCCAGUCCAGGAAAGCUGGAAUCACGUCAGCACUAGCAUCAAGCACCUUAAACAAUGAAGAGCUAAAAAACCAUGUUUACAAGAAGACCCUUCAAGCCUUAAUCUACCCCAUCUCCUCCACGACCCCCCACAACUUUGAGGUCUGGACCGCCACCACCCCCACGUACUGCUACGAGUGUGAGGGGCUGCUCUGGGGCAUCGCCCGGCAGGGCAUGCGCUGUACGGAGUGCGGGGUGAAGUGCCAUGAGAAGUGCCAAGACCUGCUCAAUGCAGACUGCCUACAGAGAGCGGCUGAGAAGAGCUCCAAGCAUGGGGCAGAGGACCGGACUCAGAACAUCAUCAUGGUGCUGAAGGACCGCAUGAAGAUCCGGGAGCGGAAUAAGCCCGAGAUCUUCGAGCUGAUCCAAGAGAUCUUCGCCGUCUCGAAAGCCACCCACACCCAGCAGAUGAAGGCCGUGAAGCAGAGUGUGCUGGACGGUACCUCCAAGUGGUCGGCCAAGAUCAGCAUCACAGUUGUCUGUGCCCAGGGCCUGCAGGCAAAGGAUAAGACAGGCUCCAGUGACCCGUAUGUUACUGUCCAGGUUGGAAAGACGAAAAAAAGGACUAAAACAAUCUAUGGAAAUCUAAAUCCGGUCUGGGAGGAGAAUUUCCAUUUCGAAUGCCAUAACUCCUCCGAUCGGAUCAAGGUGCGGGUCUGGGAUGAGGACGACGAUAUCAAGUCCCGCGUCAAGCAGCGCUUUAAGAGAGAAUCUGACGACUUUCUGGGCCAGACAAUCAUAGAGGUCCGGACACUGAGCGGGGAGAUGGAUGUCUGGUACAACUUAGACAAGCGGACAGACAAGUCAGCCGUGUCCGGAGCCAUCCGGCUACACAUCAGCGUGGAGAUAAAGGGAGAGGAGAAAGUGGCACCAUACCACGUGCAAUAUACCUGCCUGCACGAGAACCUCUUCCACUUCGUGACGGACAUCCAGAACAAUGGGGUGGUGAAGAUCCCUGAGGCCAAGGGGGAUGAUGCCUGGAAGGUGUACUUCGACGAGACGGCCCAGGAGAUAGUGGACGAGUUCGCCAUGAGAUAUGGGGUGGAGUCCAUCUACCAGGCCAUGACUCACUUUGCCUGCCUGUCCUCCAAAUACAUGUGUCCCGGAGUGCCGGCCGUGAUGAGCACCCUUUUAGCCAACAUCAAUGCAUACUAUGCCCACACCACUGCCUCCACCAACGUGUCUGCCUCAGACCGCUUUGCUGCUUCCAAUUUCGGGGUAAGUCCGAUGAAAGAACGUUUCGUCAAGCUGCUGGACCAGCUGCACAAUUCGCUCCGAAUUGACCUGUCCAUGUACCGGAACAACUUCCCUGCCAGCAGCCCGGAGAGGCUGCAGGAUCUCAAGUCAACAGUGGAUCUGUUAACCAGCAUCACCUUCUUUCGAAUGAAGGUGCAGGAGCUGCAGAGCCCACCUCGGGCCAGCCAGGUGGUGAAGGACUGUGUGAAAGCGUGUCUCAACUCCACCUACGAGUACAUCUUCAACAACUGCCACGAGCUGUAUAGCCGCGAGUACCAGACCGACCCGACAAAGAAAGGUGAGGUCCCCCCCGAGGAGCAGGGGCCCAGCAUCAAAAACCUGGAUUUCUGGUCCAAACUCAUCACGCUGAUUGUUUCGAUUAUUGAAGAGGAUAAGAACUCCUAUACACCCUGCCUGAACCAGUUCCCCCAGGAGCUGAACGUGGGUAAGAUCAGCGCCGAGGUGAUGUGGAACCUCUUUGCUCAGGACAUGAAAUAUGCAAUGGAAGAGCACGACAAGCAUCGCCUGUGUAAAAGUGCUGACUACAUGAACCUGCACUUCAAAGUGAAAUGGCUUUAUAACGAGUAUGUGACUGAGCUCCCUGCCUUCAAGAGCCGCGUCCCUGAAUACCCCGCCUGGUUUGAGCCUUUCGUUAUCCAGUGGCUGGAUGAAAAUGAGGAGGUGUCCCGGGAUUUCCUGCAUGGAGCGCUGGAGCGGGACAAGAAGGACGGGUUCCAGCAAACCUCUGAGCACGCUCUCUUCUCCUGCUCCGUGGUGGACGUCUUCUCCCAGCUGAACCAGAGCUUUGAGAUCAUCAAGAAGCUGGAGUGCCCCGACCCACAGAUUGUCGGGCACUACAUGCGGAGGUUUGCCAAGACCAUCAGCAACGUGCUGCUGCAAUACGCCGAGAUCAUCUCCAAGGAUUUCGCUUUGUACUGCUCCAAGGAGAAGGAGAAAGUGCCCUGUAUCCUGAUGAACAACAUCCAGCAGCUCCGUGUCCAGCUGGAGAAGAUGUUUGAAGCCAUGGGGGGGAAGGAGCUGGACGCCGAGGCCAGCGACACCCUGACGGAGCUGCAGGCAAAACUCAACAGCAGCCUGGAUGAGCUCAGCGGAGUUUUUGCCACCAGUUUCCAGCCUCACAUUGAGGAGUGCGUGAAGCAGAUGGGCGACAUCCUGAGCCAGGUGAAGGGCACCGGGAACGUCCCUGCCAGUGCCUGCAGCAGCGUCGCUCAGGACGCCGACAACGUCCUUCAGCCCAUCAUGGACCUUCUGGACAGCAACCUGACUCUCUUCGCCAAGAUCUGCGAGAAGACGGUGCUGAAGCGUGUGUUGAAGGAGCUCUGGAAGCUGGUGAUGAACACCAUGGAGAAGACCAUCGUCCUCCCGCCGCUCACCGACCAGACGAUGAUUGGGACGCUCUUGAGAAAACACGGCAAGGGGACAGAGAAGAGCAGGGUGAAGCUGCCCAGUCACACAGAUGGCACCCAGAUGAUCUUCAAUGCGGCCAAGGAGCUGGGGCAGCUGUCCAAACUGAAGGACCACAUGGUGCGCGAGGAGGCCAAGAGCCUGACCCCCAAGCAGUGUGCCGUGGUGGAGCUGGCCCUGGACACCAUCAAGCAAUAUUUCCAUGCGGGAGGAGUGGGGCUGAAGAAGACCUUCCUGGAGAAGAGCCCCGACCUGCAAUCGCUGCGCUAUGCCCUGUCUCUGUACACACAGGCCACCGACCUGCUCAUCAAAACCUUCGUGCAGACUCAGUCGUCUCAGGUCCAUGGUGGAAAAGGUAUUAGGUUUACCCUUAGUGAAGAAAUUUAUCCUGAGAAGGGAUCUGGCGUGGAUGACCCAGUCGGGGAGGUGUCGAUCCACAUAGAGCUCUUCACUCACCCUGGCACCGGGGAACACAAAGUCACCGUCAAAGUUGUGGCUGCUAAUGACCUCAAGUGGCAAACAUCGGGCAUCUUUCGUCCCUUCAUUGAGGUCAACAUCAUUGGGCCCCAUCUCAGUGACAAGAAGAGGAAAUUUGCCACCAAGUCCAAGAACAACAGCUGGGCCCCCAAAUACAAUGAAAGCUUCCAGUUCACCCUGAGCAGCGAGACGGGCCCCGAGUGCUAUGAGGUGCAGGUGUGUGUCAGGGACUACUGCUUCGCUCGGGAGGACCGCACGGUGGGCAUUGCUGUACUUCAGCUCAAGGACAUCGUGCAUCGGGGCAGCUGUGCCUGCUGGCUGCCCCUGGGCCGGCGCAUCCACAUGGACGACACGGGCCUCACCGUCCUGCGCAUCCUCUCGCAGCGCAACAACGACGAGGUGGCCAAGGAGUUCGUCAAGCUCAAGUCGGACACGCGCUCGGCCGAGGAAGGCAGCAGUUAAGGGCCUGAGCAGGUGUAGAACAUCCCCAGUACCACCCCCAUCCUGCCCCUUUUCUACAGCAUCCUUCAGCCACGUAAAAGCCAUACAGGUCGUCCACAGCCCUCCCGCCCCAGUUAAGGAAGGAAGCCCCCCCUCCGGGCAGCCCUUGCCACAAGCAGGCGCCCACGUCCCAGUGCCAGGGCUCAAAACAGACACUCUGUGCCCCUCUCUGCAUCCCUGGGCUGCAGUUCAAGGGCACUGCCCCGGCUGCCGUGAGGCAGAGAAGAUGCAGCCGCCCCAGGGAGCGCAAGCUGCCCACACUGCUGGCAGGGGUGGACUUAUCGCCUCUUCCCAAACCUGUUUUUGUCACGAAAGAUGCUGGGAGAGGCAGAAGCCAAGGCCUGGAGCUGACCGUGAGGCAGGAGUUGUUUGAACAAAUGUGAGCCACUCAGUAUGGCCACAAGGUUGGCACAGUGCUGCCCUCCACUUCCAAGGGAAGCAAGGCUCGAUCCCAGCUCUUCCAGCCCCCACACUUGCCCCUGAGCUCCAGGAGAAUCACACUAGCAGGUAGCAGUAUGGGGAUAUGACACAUGAUUGAGUAGGUUGAUUCCCUCCAGCAGGAGUUAGCAUCACAUGUCCAAAUCACCCUGUGGUCAUAGCAACCUCAUUCAGCAAUAGAGAUGAGCCAGGCCGCAAUGGGCACAGGGAGAUUGAGCCGGGGCCUUAGUUCCUUGGCCAGGGCUACCUUCAAGGAGCCUGGUUGCUAAGGAUACACACGGGCCAGCAUCAGCCUGCUCCGGCUGGCAGCUCUGGGAGUCCGCUGCCCCCCACGCCAUAGCUUGCCACAAGCUAAGUCAGCAAUAGCCAAGCCCUGUGCCAAAUCCCCCACGCCCGGGGCCUGUGCAAUCCUGGGCAGGUGGCUCAGAGCAGCUUAGUCUGAGGCCAGGCAGCAGGGCUGGGGCCAAUCUUGUCCACCCAGGCCAGUAGCAGGAGCAUGUUAGCAGGAAAGCGGGGCAGGGGAGGGAGAGAUGUGAACCAGGACCACUGAUGGGUCCCUUCUAUGGGGCCGCACACACAUGGGGUGGCAUCAUGCUAAGGACCCAGGAUCCCAGCUCUACCCUCCCUCCCCGGCAGGCUCGGAGAUGGCAGGAGGCCAGUGAAGGGGUCCCGUUCCCAGGUAUAAAUAGGAUCCUGCCCUGCAGCUGCAGAGCCAGCGUCCCUCCCAGGCAGGGCCUGCGUUGGGACAGGGAUGUGCCAUCUGCAGCACCUUUGCAAACACCAUCUCCCCCAUCCCCGCAGGCAGCCCUUCUGGGGGGGUGAAGGGGGGCUGAAGCAGGUAGGCUCCCUGGGAGAGAAGGAGCCGCAAAGGGGGGGAUGCUUAGGGUCAAGGGCCACUCCUUGCCAUCCUGCGUGGGGGAGCCGGUGAGUAAAUGAACUCUGGGUGGCGGCCAGUGGAGAUGAGAGGGAGUGAAAAUGUUGGUGUCGCAGCAUGGGUGCAAGUGAGUUGAUGCAGCAGGUGGGACAAGGGCAGGCACCCGAGGAGGUUGGGUCACUUUACAGGAUAAAAGGCAAAAUAUUUCUGCCAAGGGGGAGAGUGUCACAGGCCCCUGAUUCCUUCCUUGGUGGUGGGCUGAGGGCCCGGUGGUGCUGGGGUGGGGUAGGGGUGGGUGCUCCCAGCCGGUAGGCAGCGGGACUCCCACACGGGUCCAGGGUGCUUGAAAAGCAGUGGGGCAAAGAGCGCUGCCCCUGUGCACAUAGCACUGCACGAUGUUCCUUGGGGCCCUAAACCUUCCCCUGCCCCCCACCUGGGAGAGCUCCCACCACCCCUGGCCUAGCUGCAGGGGCGAGUGGAGUUCAGCAGCAGGGUCAGGGCUCAGCAGGGCUCGUGCCUGUUCCCCAGCGAUGCUCUGAGAGCAUGGGGGGAAGGUCCAUGGGCUUUAUCCAUUCCCUGGCACAGCCUGUGCCCAGGUGUGCCAAGAACCCUCCUACCCGCUCUGCAUGACUGGCCGAGCUUUGACCCUGUGAGAGUGAAUCCCCUCUACCCAGGAGAGUGCCAACUCUGUCAUUUUUCUGCAGGGACCAUGCCUCCCUCUUCUAUCUCUUCCCGGCAGCCAGGAACCCGGGUACCUUGGGGGUAGGAGAGAGACCCCAUCCCCACCUUCACUGCACCUUCCAGUCCUUCCUGCCACAGCAGUAGGGCUGUGCCCAUGGGCAGCACUGCCUGAUUUAGCAGACCCGAGUGCAUGGGGCCCAUAGGCCAGGGUGGGCUCAGCUGAUUCCUAAAGCUGGAGUCUUUGCCACAGCCCCACCAUGUGGGGCAGCUGGAUGGAGUGAUGGCUGGACCCAGUGGAGAGCCCAGGGCAUGCAGCUGAGCCUGGGGGAAGGGGUGCUCUGCACACAGAUGAUUUCAGGCCCCAGACAGAGCCUGCAGUCACCACACCCUUGCCAUGGAAAGCCGAGAGCGGUCCAGGAAGGCCGGAUCCUGUAGCCAGAACAGCCUCACGUCAGGCCAGCAGCAGAGCUCACCCUGCUCGGGGCCCAGGCUUGGUUCUGACCUCCAGCCUCUCGUACGCUCACUCCCGGCUGCCCCAGUGACUCAGCACCGCCCAGGCCCUGCUUACGCAGUGACGGCUCUGGCCACGUGUAGGAGCCAUGCCCGGGCGCCCGCUGCCAAGGGGUCCGAGCGUCAGGAGGCUUGAUUCAGACCGGGCACUGCGGGGCCCCUGCAGCGUGGCUAGGCUCAGGGUGGCAGAGGGAAGCCCAACUCUCUGCUCCUCGUGCCCGUACGGGCCUCUCAUCCCCAUAUGGGGCAUGCAAUCUCCCACCUCCCCGCAGGCAGAACAGGGGCACAGCAGCCUCCACGCACAGGCGCCAGCUCCCCCCUCCCUGCCCGGUACUAGCCGGGCAGCUGUGGUUUGAGUUGCACCAGGGAGCUGUGCCUAGAGAGAAGGGAUGGGAGGGGACGGCCUGGCCCCCACUGACAACUCUGUAACUAGCUUUAAAUACAGAUGGUUUUUCCGUGUUCUCCACCCGACUGCAACAGCUCCAAAGGGCUAUCACGUCAGACCACGGGCGCAGGGGACGGAGGUGCAGCCCUUGUAACCCUGUGCCAUGCUCACUUGUCCAUGGGCCGUCAGUCCUGCCCCGGCAAAGGCACAGCCUGGUCCCAGCCCCCUCCCCUUAGAGAGGAACCCCAAACCCGGGCAGCUGCCCCCGACUGUGUAAACACCUACCAGCCCUACCCCAAGGAAACCCAGCAGCACCUUGGGAGCCUCCAAGAACAGAGUGAAGUUGCCCCAAGGUCCAGUGCAGGAUCCUAGCUCUUCCCAUGGCCAGAAGCGGGUACCUGAGAGGAAGGGGCAAGAACCACUACUAGCCCCUGCGGGAUAAUCUGCCCCCCACCCCUGCCUGGCCUCUUAAUAGCUAGGGAGUUUUAAUACCCCCCCCCCGACCCCCAUUAAUAAUUUGCUGCUCUUACUCUCCCUGGCACUGGGCUGGUCACUUCUGAAGGGCUGCCUCCAACUCAUUUCAACCCCAGCCCCACGCUGAGCAGAGGGGCUGGCAGCUAGGCCUCCCUGGCCAGAUGCACCCGGGGGGCUAACAGAGGUAGGGCUGGUUUCUAGGCUAAAGGCCAAGCUGAUUUUGGCACCUACCACCCUUCCUCCCCACAGCUAGACUUAGACAUUACCCCUCCAAAUCCCUGGCACUGGUCCGGGACAGCUGGGCCCUCUGUAGUGUUGUAUCAUGGCCAGGAAGGAGCUCAGGUUUUCCAAGCUGCCAGCCAGGCUCCUAGGGCAGGGGUAGGCACUGCCAGCAGGGUUCCCAGUGCAGCCUGGGGCUGGCAUCAAAGUGGGGAGCUUGAGAGAAACCGGAGUAACUUGCCCCAGCCCCUGAUUGAAUCCAGGCCCCAUACACACCCCUCAGUCCCUUUUAAGAUGUGUGGGGCACAGGAGGGCAGAGUGCCCACCCCCACCAGCAGAAUGCACCGCGCAGACACCACUUUCCUCUACGCACAGCUGGUUUCUAAAGGUCAGGGUUAACACCACCCCAGGCCCCCAAGCAGCGCCAGCCAGGGCUGUAGUUUACACAGACCCAUGGCUCCGGCAGGGGGGAAGCAAACCCUGUAGCCCCAUUUCACACCUGGGGUUACGUUUUCCCCCAGCAAAGCCAACAAACCAUUUUCAGCUAUGAGGUGCAAUGUCCUAGACCUAGGUCCUCUGCAACAGCCCUCCAAAUUGGCAUCAAAGCAGAAGAUGCGCUCGAUGUCAGGGGAAAUGCAAACAGCUGGAAAGGGAUGGGGACAGGGAGCCUGGGUGGGAGCGGAAAUGGGGUAGUGGGCACAGCCCUGCAGUGGCUGAGCCGUUCUAGUGCCUAGCACUGUACCCCACAGGGUGAUGCAGUCAGGGAGGGGGAAGGAGACUGGGGAGGUGGAGAACCUAGAUGAAGAACUGCUGCCAGAAGUGAUUUACCCAACCCCCAGGCUAGCAUAAGUGCAUUAUACUAGGCCCUAGCUUAAACCCCAACCCCAUGCCACUGCAGUAGGGCAGGGGCCUGCAGCCUUGGCCACGGCAAAGCAAUAUUAAUGCCAGCAGGGCCCUGCUUAGGUGCAAGCCUUCCAGGGUAGCCUCAGCUCCAGGCCUCGCUUGAGCCUUUAAACAGCCAAGCUCCAUGGAGCAGCAGGGCCGCAAAGAGCUUCAGGCCCUGCCCAGCAGAGAGCUGGACAAAGCAGCCAUUUGCUUCGUGGGGUUAGAGAGCAGGGACCCUGGGGGAGCUUGGAAACAAGGAGCUGGCAGGGCCAGGAGUGCACCCGCCCUGUGCUCAGAGGACUGGGGGCUCACUCCUGAGUCCUGUUCCUUAACAGCACAGCCCUGCUGUACCUGUCAGACCAUGCAGGCCCCUGCUGGGCACAGGAUAUGGCCAAGGCAGUAGCAGCCCUCUAGCCAGUGUUGACAUGGGGAGGAGCAUCUUCAGGGAUUUGGCUCUACCCCCCCCCCCCAUUUAAGAAGGGAGGCCCCUGGCACCGUAAGGAGUUGAAGGCCAGGAGCAAUAAGGAGCUGUAGGCUCCUUUCUCCACACAAUGCAGGGGUAGAGGGCAGUGACCUAGCCCAGUACAGCAGCCUAAGCUCAUGCCAAAUAGACAAUAUGUAAGAAAGGAGAGCCCAGAGCCCUGCAUGUAGGAACAGAGAUUGACAAUAGGGUUGCUCUGGCCCAGGGGACUCUCUUAGGUGCUGCAGGGAGCUAUGCAAAGAAACCCAGUGUGCUAGAGUAGGGGCAGACCCAAGGAGGUGUAGAGGCACAAGCACUGGGGGUAAACUUCAACCCUGGCUGAUGUCAAAGUGGAUGUUCUUUCUCCCUGGGAAUGUCAACUGGUUAGGGAUGCUGACCCUGAACAGCUCCUGUCUCCACCCUCCCACCUGUAGUCCUGCAAUGCCCUUUCCCAGACAGGGCGACCAGACCUCAACCUCUCCCCUUUUCCCUCAACAUCCAGUCCUUUUUGUAGUACGUGCCUGGGACCAAAGUGUUAGCUGCUCACACCUGUUUCAGUUCAAUGUUUACACCCCUUUUCCAGCUCCUGCAGCGAGCAGCAAUGCAGCCUCCUGCCCUGCCACCCAAAGGGCUGCAAAGACAGCAGCUCCAGCUGUCACCCACCUCUUGCCCCUGCACAGACUGACCUCAUCCCUGCCUGCAGCACAGCGAGCUAGGCCCUCACUGAGCCCGACGGCUACCGGAACACAAGACCCGUUCCCUGGGCUCCCUCUCCAACGCGCCCCUUCAAGAACUUCCGGUCAGCAUUUGUUUGAGUUUCAAUCACAAGUAACUUCUGCUCCUGUAGCACAUCUGUCAGCAAUGGCCUGUGUGUCUGUCUAUACCUGACCUGGAGCAAACAAUGGUAAACAUGGAUGCAUGAGAGUGAGAUGUUUUGCACUAUUUUGACUUUUUUGGGCUCUGUAAAAUAAUUUUAUUAUAACUGACAUUAAAAAGAAAAGCACACGCA